AUGGACUUUACGCACGCAACAUACUUUCCAACGGCCCAGCCUUACCCGUUCAUAGGCAUCCCUCCCCUCACGCCUUCUCACUCCAAUUCGGUUGCUUCAGACGAUUUCAAUACCACAUCCCCUCCGGAGGUCUUCGAGCAAUUCCCCAACAGACUGCCUCACGAUCAAUUCCAGAACUACGACAACUACGUACAAUUCAAUGCCCAACCUGCAUUUCCGGCCCCGCCCACGCCGCCGGGCCAGCAUCCUGCCAUCCAGCCCGUGAAUGGCGCGACGCAUCCUACCGGCACAGCCGGUGACCUCCUUCCUCUCACCAAGGCGGAGACGGACGAGCAGAGUCGCAGGCAAGGCUCCAAUUCCGACGAGGACGAGCUAACACCGGCUCAGUCGAGGCGCAAAGCUCAAAACCGUGCCGCUCAACGGGCAUUUCGAGAGCGCAAAGAACGACACGUGAAGGACCUGGAAACCCGCCUGCAGCAGCUAGAGCAAGCCCAGCAGCAGACGGCGACAGAGAACGAACGGCUUAAGCGAGACCUUCAAAAGAUGAGCACAGAAAACGAGAUCUUGAGGGCAACGACACUGGCAGGCGGCACUGGCGGGUCGCCGGGGUCCAACUCAACACCUACGACGACGGGGCCUAUGUCGUAUAACCCUAAAGACUUUUACUCUAAUGUUCUCCAAAACCACGCCAACAAGACCCCGAGCCACCGAAUCGUUACAAGCAACGAUGGCGAGCGUUUGCUCGCCGCUGGUGCAACCUGGGACUUGAUCAUCAGCCACGACCUUUUUAAGCGUGGCCUUGUCGAUAUAGGCGACGUUAGCGACCGACUUAAACCCCAGGCGAAAUGUGACGGGCAAGGCCCUGUGUUUGAGGAAAGAGCCAUUAUCGAGGCCAUCGAGCAAAGCGUCGCCAGUGGUUGUGAUGAAUUACUAUAG